AUGGGUUUGUUAGCAAGAUGCGGUUUUAAAUAUAAUUCAAGUUUUUAUUUCGCAAAUCAAAUUAAAAGAUCUACUUCUCUUGCCCACUCUAAAGGGUCAGUUAUCACAGUAAAUUCUAAAACAGAAAAUAAUUUUAGUGACGUAAAAAUCGAUAAAAACACUAUAAUCAAAUUAGAAAGAAUUUCUUUAGUUGACUUUGCUAAUGAAGGAGGAAUUGAAAGAUUAGAAGCUGCAAUUCAAUUUGCACAAAAGCUCAAAGAAGUUACAUUGGAUUCAUCUGUAAGCCCUAUGUACAGUGUUUUAGAGAAUGAAAAACUAGAAUUGAGAGAAGAUAAAAUUGCUGAAGAAAAUUGUCGUCGUGAAAUUUUGAAAAAUGCCAAAGUUUUAGAGGAUGAAUAUUUUGUUGCACCUCCUGGUAAUAUUCCAAAAAGCUAA